ACAUAUAUAUAUAUAUAUAUGUAUGUACAUACAUACGAAUACAUAAAUACAUUUGCUCAUUACGAACGUUGAUGCUAUUGGAAGAGCUCGAAAAGACAUAGGGUCUUUUUGUAUUUAUCGUUAAGUUCACACAUUCAAGGUCAGAGGUCUCUACGAAUGCAAAGAUAGAUAGAUAGAUAGAUAGAUAGAUAGAUAGUGAGAUAGUGAGAUAGAGUUUGGAGAAUAAGGGAAUGCUGGAGAAAGACAAUAUAGGCGGAGUAGAGAAAUACAUUGUGAUCGAAACUAUCACGUACAAAGUACAUACUAACACUACCAUCAGCUGUCGAAGUAUAUAACUACGUUAUUGCGUGUCCGUGUAUUUAUCUAGUGUGAACUUGAUAAUAGAACUUCGAUAAUUAGUGUCCGACCUAGUAGCAUUACUAAGUAGCAUUAGUUAGCAUCGAUGACGGUAACAACAACAACAACAACAACAACGACAAUAGUAACAAAAACAACAGCAACAACAAUGGAUACAAGGUUGAUGACGACGAGGACGAGGACGAGGACGAUGACGACAACAACGACAACAACGACGACGAUGACGACGAUGACGACGACGACGAUGACGACGACGAAUUAGCAAAUUUGAAACAAACAUAGUGUGGGAGUAGUAUGAAAAGAGGGAACGGUAAUGAGGGGAUAGAAGGGGAGGAUGUAAACAAUCGAUUCGUACUUAACAGAGAAAGGACGUGAAAAAGGUUUAUUCGUUAGAUAUUUGUCGUUCUAGACGGUAGCCAUUCUAAUCGUUAGCUUUAAAUAUUUAGUAAUCGUUUCAAGAUCGUAGGUGGGAUGAUUAUUUUCUGAUAGUCUCUAUUUUUGCGCCUGAAGUGUAAGAAGUGUUAAGUGUCUUCGAAUUGGACGUGUCCGACAAAAGCUAAUUGAUUGGUGCUGAUCGAAAAGGAUCGAAAGGUCAUCGGAUCGGAUUGGAUCGGAUCGAAACAAAUCGUUCCAUCAUCCUUUGGUCAUCGAGAAAAAGGGGAACGUUUUUUCCUUGAGAAUUUUCUUCGUGAAUGUCCCUUCGUACAUGAUCUAUAAUCGAAUUUAGAUUGGACAAGAUGACGCAUCAUCGAUUGAUGUUAUCUAAUUACGUCGUACGGUGAUUUAUUUUCCUACGAGCAUAUACAAUAUAUUAACGGGGAUAUUAUAUUCGGGAUCAUGAAGAGAAAAAGAUAUAACUCGAAGAGAUAUUUCGAUAUAUAACUGUUAACAUUGUCCUGUAUGAAAAUAAUGGAGGAAUCGUCGCCGAGGAUUCGUCCUUACUUGGACUGGGACAACGAAGAUAAAUACUCGGUGGCGAACAGCCAAGCUCCUUUACAAGGUGGCGAGGAUGAUCAUCCGGAGCGUGGCACCUGGACAGGGAAAUUUGAUUUUCUUUUAUCUCUAUUGGGAUAUAGCGUCGGUCUUGGCAACGUUUGGCGAUUUCCCUAUCUUUGUUAUUCCAAUGGUGGUGGAGCCUUCUUAAUACCGUUCACGGUUAUGUUGAUCAUCGCUGGAUUGCCACUAAUGUUUAUGGAACUUUCCUUGGGUCAGUACGCUAGUCUUGGACCAGUAGCGGCUUACAAAAGAUUCUGCCCUCUACUUCGUGGCUUGGGCUAUGGGAUGGUACUCGUUAGCUCCGUCGUGAUGCUCUAUUACAAUUUGAUCAUUGCCUGGACACUAUAUUAUAUUUUUGCCUCGGUCGUUGGCGCCGGCGAAUUACCAUGGGCUAAAUGUGAGGAACCAUGGAGUACCGAGGAUUGUUACAUGCCCGAUGUAGCUGAGGCCUGUUUUUCUCAAGAUUAUUUUUAUUACAAAAGGAGAUGCUAUAAUACAACGCAAAUGGCUUCGAUGGGAUUGACCAUUGAGAAUAUUACCAAUGCCAUUAGGAGACCACCUGCUGAGGAAUAUUUCACCAAUCACGUUCUGGGAAUGAGCAGUGGCAUCGAAGAAACUGGCUCGAUUCGUCCAUCAAUGGCGACAAGUCUUUUUCUAGCCUGGGUUAUCGUAUUUCUCUGUUUGAGUAAAGGCGUUCAAAGCUCGGGAAAAGUCGUUUAUUUCACUGCGCUAUUUCCUUACGUCGUUCUGAUCGCUCUGUUCGUACGAGGUAUACUACUUCCCGGUGCGAAAGAGGGUAUACUGUUCUAUCUGACCCCCGAUUGGAGAAGAUUAAUGUCAGCUAAAGUCUGGGGUGACGCGGCUGUUCAAAUAUUCUUCGCCCUUAGUCCAGCCUGGGGUGGAUUGAUAACUUUGAGCUCUUACAACAAAUUCACUAACAACUGUUACAAGGACUCAUUGAUCGUAGCCGUCAGCAACAUCGGAACAUCCUUCUUCGCUGGUCUAGUCAUUUUCUCUGUUAUCGGCUUUCUCGCUCACGAACUUGACGUACCGGUUGCAUCUGUCGUAGAUCAGGGUGCUGGUCUAGCAUUUAUCGUUUAUCCCGAAGUAGUAGCCCGUCUACCGGUUGCGCCACUCUGGUCAUUGUUAUUUUUCGUAAUGCUAUUGACCUUGGGAUUGGACUCGCAAUUCGCAUUAAUGGAGACGGUAACAACCGCGAUACUCGACGGUAUACCAGCAUUAAGGAAUUAUAAAUUUUGGGUAGUAUUGUCGGCAGCUGUUCUUGGUUAUGCCGGUGGUAUUAUAUUCACAACGAACGCUGGCAUGUAUUGGCUGCAAUUGAUGGACAAAUACGCAGCUAAUUGGUCUGUCCUAUUGAUCGCCAUAAGUGAAUGCAUUUUAGUAGCAUGGAUCUAUGGCGCCGAUCGAUUUCUCGACGAUGUACAAAAAAUGAUAGGACCACGUGGUCGUCUUUGGAGAUUCUUUUGGACUUGGAUGUGGAAAGUUGUAACACCUGCCGCCUUAUUCUUCAUUUUGUUCUUCAAUUGGGUCGAGUACGAACCAUUGAAAUAUGGUUCUUACGUUUAUCCCAAGUGGGCCGACGCUGUUGGCUGGGUCGUUGGUAUACUGCCCGUUUUGGUGAUCGUCGGUUUGGCUAUUAGUCAAUUGAGGAAUACUCGUCGACGACCUACCUACGACGACGAUGACGACGAGGACGACGAUCUCGAUGCAAGAGCUACCAAUAAAAGGGGCGGAAAAACGAAACAAAGCAAGAAUAAGAACAGAAAAGUCUGGUAUCGUGCAAGAAUGUUGCUACAGCCGACUUCAGAUUGGGGUCCUGCUUCGCGUAACGUUACGUUAACGCCAUCGAGGACGCUUACUCAUACACCAUCACCGGGGCCCCCAGGUGGUUACGAUUCAGUACGAGAUACAAUAGUCUUGGUGAACGGCCAACCAAUGAUGGUACAGCCAUCAUCCGGUGGUACUAGUACCACCCAAAAACUUCCCGGGCCUUCGAUACUCAAGAAUUCAAGCAAAACCGACCUGAUAACUUCGCAACAGGUCUGACACGACGUUCAUUUUAUCCUCGAGGACGAAUCCAUCCGGGAUUCUAUCGCCAUUAACACUACUAGCCAGUAAUAAUAUGUAACAAUUGUGGAUUGCGCGCUUAUACGAGAAGCUACAAAGGAGAAAAAUUAAAAAAAAAAAACAAAAACAAAAAAAAAA